UCCAUGUCUGAUGGGCAAAUUAGGUUCUUGUAAAGUUUUUGUUUCCCUCUUUUCUUCUAUAUAAGUGUAAGGGCCAAAGUCGUUUUUCCUUCAACUCUGGUACUAGUGGAAAAUGUCAAAUUCUAGCAAGGUGGAGACGAGUGUUGAAAUCAAGUCUGAAGCAAACAGGUUCCAUGAAUUCUUCGCACGAACACCAUACGAAAUAUGCAACAUCAGCCCCGACAAAGUUCCGAGUCAUAAAUUACUUGAAGGUGAAUGGGGUAAAGUGGGUUGUGUCUUCUUGUGGGAUUAUAUUGAAGAUGGGAAACCAACUUUUUCCAAGGAGUUAACUGAAGCCAUAGACGAUGUAAAUCAUUCGGUGACUUUCACAGUGCUUGAAGGAAACCCUCUAGAUCGAUACAAGAGCUUUAAGAUCACUUUACAAGUUACUCCAAAAUUAGGCGUUCAUGAUGAGGGCAGCGUGGUGAAUUUGGUCUUACAAUAUGAAAAGCUACAUGAUGGGGUUCCGGAUCCCCAACUUCAGCUCCAGUUAGCUGUUGUUCUUGUUAAGGAGACUGACAAUUUCCUCACCCAAGAAUAAGCGCGUCUACUUCAGACCGAUCAUAAUAGCAGUUUCACCCGUUUGGAGAAUGCAAGUGUAAGAACAAGGCAGUUGGCUUGCCCGUACUUUUUACUAUGAACAAUACUUUGUCUCUGUGCAACUCUACUACCAGUUGGGCAAAGACAAGAGCAAGGGCAAUACUGUUCAUCAAUAUAAUAUACAUAUACAUACAUACAUACAUACAUAUAUAUAUAUAUAUAUGCUUUGUUUGGCCUUGUAAGUGUGAUCCAUGUUUGUUGGUAUGUUUAAUUUUAAUUGUGUUAUCUGCAAGUGUGUUGACC